AUCAUCCGGUGGGCUGGGUGUCACUGCACGACGCAGCUCCUCGACACCGCACACUGGGAACGAUGUCGGUGCCGCUGGCUCGCCCCGUGCGCUGCUGCCGGCUGCGCGAUGCGCUCCGGGUCAUCCUCUGGGUCACUUGCUGCGGUUACACUGGGGCGCAGACAUACGUGGCAGAAGUGAACAUGGCAGGGGUGAGAGGCUCGGUGACCUUCGACAGUACGCUGACCUCGGUGAAGCUAAACAUCUCUGGCAUGGGGUCGGAGAUACGGAGGCUGUCCGUACACACCUAUCCGGUGCUCUAUGGCCACUCCACCAAUCCCUGCAGCCAGCAGCUCGUUGGCGAAAUCCUCCACAAUAUAAGCAUUGGCUCAAAUGACGGAGCGACCACUGUGAGUGCCCCGGAGCUGUUUACGAGUGUGCGGAUACUCGCUGACCAUUCACUGCUCCUCUCUCGUGAUGGUGAGACGAAUUCCAGAGUGUGCGCCACCAUCCAAAACGCCCAGGGUCCUGUGCUCACAGCACAGGCCAAAUUCUUCGGUCCCGUCGCUGGGGUUGCCUACUUGAGGCAGGUCGAUGGCCAAGAGCUAAGGAUAAUCACCGAUCUUCUGUCACUCGGACAAACAAAUAUGAAGGCAGUGAGCAUGCAUUUGGUGAACAUUGCGAGUGAAGUUCAAGUGAUGCAGUGUGCCGCUGUCAACCCAGCGUCGUCAAUUCAACUGGGAUCUGUCACCGUCGGUGCUUCUACCUUGUCAGUAAAAUCACACGUAGUUGUAAACCUUCCCUUUAGCGGUGUUAUUGGGCGUAUGUUGGUGAUAAAAGCGAGCGUUCAAAGCUGUGCAAAAAUAAUCCCGCUGAGUUUAAAGACCGCUAAAGCACAGGUCAACAUGAAUGGGGUGAAGGGUGAUUUUGUGUUUCAGCAAAGUUCCAUGUUUGAGUUGACCCAAGUCAGAGUCUCUCUGCAAAACCUCAGAGGCAUGGCCGGCCCUUACCAUGUGCACAAUUUCCCAGUGCCUCAGCGUUAUGUUGCAACAGAAAGCCUGUGCAUUGACCCCAAUGUGGGAGGCCACUGGAACCCAUUCAAUUUGGAUGUGCGUGGCCUUGACUACCCUAAAUUCCCGAAUGGAACCCACGACCAAUACGAAAUUGGAGACCUCAGCGGUCGGCAUGGCAGUUUGCUUGGCAACACUGUUGACAUAGCGUACAUGGACUGGAAUUUGCCUCUCUUCGGCCCCAAUAGCAUUGUCGGUCGCUCCAUGGUGAUCCAUCACCCCAACACUUCCAGGUGGCUCUGUGCCUCGAUAGAACCAGAAGAAGAGUUUGUCACGGCCAUGGCAUUAUUCAGGUUUCCUGUCGUGGGGCGGGUGCUUCUGCGGCAGCUGAAGAAUGACCCUUAUUCUGACGUCUACAUAUUCGUGGAAAUCGCCAAUGGCAAUGUGUCCUUACCCUCAACAUCCAACCACAAUUGGCACGUGCAUGAGUUCCCCAUCAGCUUCGUGACAGACCUGGACGCACACAUGUGCUCCAGCACAGGCGGCCACUUCAACCCACACGGAGUGAACACAAGCCAGAGCAUCUACAGCGCCGAGUGCCGCCCAGACAACCCAUAUCGCUGCGAGGCCGGGGACUAUGCUGGGAAGCACGGCAAGAUCUUCAUAAGCAACACACUGGGCACUGUCAAAUCCAAGUACUUUUUUACCGACACCACCUCUUCUCUCGUGGGGUCGAACUCUAUCCUGGGUCACUCUUUUGUCAUCCACGACCCAGACGCCGGGCUGGGACGCCUGGCCUGCGCUAACAUCACCCUGCUGAGAGCCGUCACCAUUAGGACGGGCGAGUGGAGAGGCGGUGGCACGGUGCAGGGCCAGAUGGUGUUCACGCAGCCCUCCGACCUUGACUCCACGUCCGUACUGGUCCAGUUCUCCAACCUGCAGAAGGCGGUGUCCGGGCUGCAUGUCCACAUCCUGUCGAUGCCGAGGUCACUACCGCCCAGUGACCCUGCGGUGUGCGCCGACCGGGCCGUGCGUGGGCACUUCAACCCCUUCUCGGUGGACGUUGUGGUGGGGCCUGCGCCGGGAAAUGGGACGCCCGACCAGUACGAGGUCGGCGACAUCAGUGGGAAAUUUGGGCCGCUGAGGGACCUAGAUCAGAGGGAAGGGAACUACUCCGACACGAACCUCCCUCUCUCAGGCAUCAACAGCAUUGCCGGGAGGUCUGUGGUAAUCCACAGAAACAAUGGCUCCAGGUUGCAGUGCGCCGACUUGGGCAGGGAGAAGCCAGCUGAGGCCGAGUGGCUGAGAGCCCGCGUGUCUUUCAGCGACAAAAUCAACGGCACCAUUUUGCUGUCCCAGCUGGUGUAUCCAGACGGCAGUGGUUCCGACACUACUAUAGAGGUGGAUCUGCAGUACGACAAUCCCAAGGCCCAGGGGUACAGAUGGCAGGUUCAUAAUGACUCCGAAGCAGUGAGCAGCAGCAGGGCGCGGUGUUCCUGGCUAGGAGUCCUCUACAACCCUUACAACGUCUACUCAGGGGAGGGUGAGGGGAGGAGCUGUGACACGAGCCGGCCCUUUCACUGCGAGAUGGGAGACCUGACGAGCAAGCAGGGACCUCUGCCCUUGGGAUCCCGCAUCGUCUUCAACGAGGCAAACCUGCCGCUUGGUGGAGAUGCCACGGUGGUGGGGCGCUCGCUGGCCGUGUGGGACGGCACGCCCGUGGGAGCGAUACUGGACUGCGGCACCAUCGCCCCGGCUGACGGCGCAGCAUCCGCCACUCUCUCCUUCCCCAGGGGCGUCGUCUACAGCAGAUAUGAGUUGAGACAGACAAUAGCCAGCGCCCUGAACAUUGCCGUGUGGAGGGUGUCCUUACUGCCGGACACCUCAAGCCUCCUGCGCGUGUCUUCACCUUGCCAAAACAUCACCUUUUUGGUCGCAGGUGACGUGGAUUUACGGUUGCUGGAGGCCAUCUCAUUUAGUAACGAUCUCGGAAAGUUCUCUGCAACAAAGCGCUGCCAAGGAAAUGGAGCUGGUGGUGCAGUCGGAAGCACUGGAGUUCAACCCCUGACAAUAAUCAUCGUCACUCUCGUCGCCAUGAUCAUCCAGUAAACAAGAUACGUGCGUCGAUCCAUUUACAGAUACACCACUACAAUAAUAAGCGGAAAAUAAGCACGUGUCGAUUGCAAUUGCGGGUCGUUAACCAUGGCAUCCUGUGCACGUGAUACAUUCACCAAACUUGAUAUGAAAUUUGUUAAUAAUUUCUCUUUGUGGCGGCGCCGCGGUCCAAUUUCUUUGUGGGAAUAUUUUCUGUCCGUGCGUGAGAAUCGGAUUCGUGACAUUCCAUCCACGUUACCGCCUUCCUUCUCAGCUCCUCUCUGCAAUACGGAGCCAUCACACAAUAUUCAAUUGCCUGUUGAGAUAAAAAAAAAUAACCCAUGAGAAGGCUCGUUAUAUAUCAGUGGGGUAUCUCUAAAUUAUCUCUAUACAGUACUAAUUUGAUCAAUGGACAAAACCAAAAAAUUUAGAUAUUCCCCUGCGCCAAUGCUGUCGAGGUGUUGGUGCAUGUGACCCGCCAUUACCACGUCAUUCUUACAGGCCGAGUUGACUCAAAUUAACGUCAAAAGCGUCACACUCAGCAUGUGCUCCAUGUCCAAGUGGAAUAUAUUGAAGGGAGGAGCAGCAGAAGAACACCUCAGAAACGCAAACACAGGUGCAUACAAUCGAGUCGCUGUGCAACGGCCGGUGUUGGCCUGUGCAUGUGUGUGCUUUUCCUUGAAGCUGCAGUGCUACGCCGCAUAUAUGACUCGCUGGGGACCGGGGUAUAGGUGGAUAUCUGAAAAGGUCAGAUAUGUAAACAUCAAGAGAAAAGGGCAAUUGCGCCAUGCACAAAUAGGUCACCGGACCAACAAUAAAGUGCAGACCGCUUUAAAUGCGGGGACAUGCUUAACUGUGCUUUGGAAGUAACUGCACACGAGAU